AUGGAUGUCUAUAACCUAACAACCUUCACAGAGUUCAUCCUCAUAGGGCUCUCUGACCUUCCUGAGGUACGCUACCCUCUCUUCAUGGUAAUUGCUGCUAUCUAUCAGAUCACCUUGUUGGGAAAUAUAGCCAUUCUUCUUGCUAUUGCAACUGAGAAAAGGCUGCACACACCCAUGUAUUAUUUUUUAGCAACUAUGUCUCUCUUGGAUAUUUUCCGCCCAUCAACUAUUGUUCCCAAAAUACUCAAUAACCUCUUGACCAAGAAGCAAAACAUUUCUUUUGUUGGGUGUGCUUUGCAGCUUUUUUUCCUACUAGCACUAGAUGGGACAGAAACCUUCCUUCUCUCUGUCAUGGCUUAUGACAGGUAUGUGGCCAUAUGUUUUCCCCUUCAUUACACCCUUAUCAUUACAAAUAAGCUCUGUGCCCAACUCACAGCUGGUACCUGGACAACCGGGUUUUUGCAUUCCCUUCUGUACACUGUGUUCAUAUUCCACUUAUCUUUCUGUAAAUCUAAUCUAGUCAACCAGUUUUAUUGUGACAUCCCCCCACUAAUGGCCCUGUCUUGCUCUUCCACAUAUGUGACAGAAAUGCUUGUUUUAGUAGUAGGAGGCAUCUUAGGGGUUAGCAACUUCCUUGUUGAUGGUAUCUCUUAUUUCUACAUAAUAGUCACAAUCCUAAAGAUCCAGUCAGUGGAAGGGAAGCGCAAAGCCUUUUCCACUUGUGCUUCUCACCUCUUUGUACUUGGUUUGUUCUAUGGCACAGCAUUGUUUACUUAUAUCCGCCCCUCCAGUCACCACUCCCCAGCUAAAGACAUGUUCAUUUCAAUGCUGAAUGUGGUCAUUACACCAAUGUUAAACCCAAUAAUCUAUAGCUUGAGAAACACUGAAGUAAAAGGAGGUCUCAAAAAGAUUUUUUGCUAUAAAACUAAAUCAUGUUUAGAAAAAAACAUAAUAUUAAAAUGA